CAGGGAGGGGCCUCCUGCUGGUUGUGCCCACCCUCUUCGCCAAGGAAAACUGCCCUCCCCUUUGCCAAGUGAGAAGUCAGCAGGUCAGGCCUCGCAGCUAAGAGCAGAUCGCUCUGUUUCUGGCCAAGACAACGAAAGGACGAAAGUGCCCUGAAGCUCCCGCGCCUGAACCGGUGGGUGGGGUUGGGCAGCAGCCUGUCAGGGGGAGAGGAUCAACGUGGCCAAGGCCUCAGACCAUCUCCGCGGUGAACUGGCUGCUUGACUCGCUUUGUUAAUUCCCCUUUCCCAGAAAGCCACUGUCUCUGCGGAAUGCUGCUGGAUGUCUCGGAGAAGGUGUCCCCCACCGGACACACCCCACCCUGGCCAUCCAUCCACUGUCCUUCCCGGGCCCUAAUUACAACCCAGGACAGCAGUAACAUCAGCAGCUGGGGGCAGAGGGACAAAUCCCAAGAGGCACCAGGACUGGGCCCUCACCUGUGGUUUUUAAAAUUCAAACGAGAAAGGAGAAAAAGAAGUCCAAGUCAGUUUCUGUCUGGUUCCUAAGGUGGCCACACCUGUUAGACUCAGCAAGAGGAGUGCUCUUCAUUUGGAAUCCUGGUCCAGCUGGAGGGGGACAGGGCAGGGACACAAGAACUGGGCAGGAGCCCCAGGGCCCCAUCCUGGGGUCCGAGAGUCGGCAUCCGGCAGGGAAGGGCCACCAGCCAACAUGGGGGGGCAGGUCCAGGGCGCAGGGUCUUCAGGGGCUGAAGCCCUCGGAACAGAGCCUGGCACACAGGUGCUCAGCAAACCACCAGAAGUUAGGGCAGCGAGUCCCCCUGGCAGCCCCGGAAGAAACCGACCCUGCUGACACCUUCACAGUGGACGUCGAGCCUCCAGAAGCGUGACAGCAUAGAUCUCUGCCGGCUAAGCCACUCGGGUUGUGAUACGUAGUCGUGGCAGCCGGAGCGAUUAACGCACCUGCCCGGGAGCUAUGACGACAUCUGUGUUCCAGGUGAGGAAACGGGAGGAACACUGAGAACUCUGCCGAGGUUCCAUGGCCAGAGGGGGGCCCUGGGGAGAGCCCAGCGGGGCACCAGCCUGUCCGCUGUCUCUCGCACUCCCUGAGUAGGAGGCAUCCAGGCCAGACCAGCUGGGAAAUGCACUUGACCCCCGGCCACGGUCACCCCCUGAAGAAGGAGCUGAGUCAGUGGCACCCUGCUCUCCGCAGGGUGGAAGGGGAGCCAGAGGCCAAGGGCAAGCAGGAACUAGAUCCCCCCGCUACCAGAGCCCUGUGAGAUUUCUUCAACUUCUGCCACUUCCCCAUUCCUUCCCCUCCGGUACUCACCCUUCUGCUCGGCCUGGCUGCUAAUUAGCCCCUGACAGCCCUCGGCCUCAGGGAUCUGCAGAAGCAGGAGCCAAAGGAGGGCUCUGCCCGCCAAAGGCCAGUCCGGCCCCGAGGGAGGGACUCCCACUGAGGGAUCUGAGGAACGAGGGGCCACCCAGGCCUGGAGCCACCAAGGCAGAAGAGAGAGAACCACCCACUCAACACCCAUUCUGUAAAAACCCUCGUGUUCCUGCACACGUCACAGUCAUCCUGCAGGCUCGGCUUCCCCCAAACUUCCCUCCUGCUUCUAAUUUUCCAGUCUUUACUAAUCUAUGGGGGCAGUGGUCUGGGGGUGGGAGGCAGGUGGGAGGCAGAGAGUGCUCGCUGUAGAAGUUGGCAGGCGUCCUCGGGCCCCACGCUCCCAGUUGUGAUGGGAUGAGAUGGUGGAGAGCCCAGCUCAGUGCUGGGAAAGACACACAGGGAGCAGCCCUCUGCCCAGCAGUGCCCACCCAAGCCCUCUGCCCCAUGUGCCCGGCUCUGCUCUAUUUCUCUCCGCUUCACAGUUCCCCAUAGUUGUCCAUCUGCAUCUAGAACCUCCCUGCCUGGCCAACGGCCCUCCCCACCCAGACUGGGCCCUCUGCAAAACCUGUCAGGUCUCCAGCUCUCCAUCCCAGUAUCAUGCCACCAUCCAGCAGGCCUGGGCCCUGGGAGGUCACCCUGAGACCCGGUCCGUGUCGGGUGGGCACUUGAAGGGUCUGGUCUCCCCAGCGUGGGACCUGGACACCAGGACACAUCUCCCUCCCGUUCGCUGGUUGGGAGCAGGGGGAGGUACGCUGCUCAGAGCAAGCAGCGGCCUAACUGAACUCAAGAUAGGUGACAUCUAUCACUUCCCUGCAAUCUGCAAGCCUGUCACUUGGCCUGCAAAGAUUAGAUUAGAGAGAACCCCGGCCAUCAGAAAAUCCAACUUGAGAUACUUAAUAUCUGGUUCUCUUUUGUCUGUGCCCACAGCCCCUGUGAGGCUGGCUUCGCUGGCACUUUUUCAAGUGUGGAAACAGAGCAGGCAGGCCCCUGCUUUGCGAGGCUCUCCCCCCACCCAACCCCUACAACAUCAGCUCCCACCCAAGGGCCUUUCAGCUUCCAGCAGAGCCGCGGCCCAAGCCUUUGGGGCCCUCCCAUUGGCUGGUCAAUGCCGCUGCCUCUGGGUGUUCUGGAAAGGCUCGCAGCCCCAUGUGUCUCUCACACUCCUUUGCCUGGACAGCAAUACAAGCCCCCACCGCUCACCCCGGUCCGACCUCCCCUUCCCAGGACUGGUCAUUCGACAGGAUUUGAACGGUGAAUGCUGUUUCCUGUUUGCGCUCCACACAGUCGGAGAACUUCAGAAAGAAAUGCUCUUUCCCCAGACGGGAGCGGAGCAGCGAUUCUGGCUCGGGUCUGACCAUCAGGUCUCGCCCUCCGGGAAAACACGCCAGCCAGGUUCCCCGGGCGCCUCCCGCCUGUCGGCACCCCAGCAGCAACCCGGCUCCCGUCUCAGGGGUGGCCGAACCCCGAGAGUCCACACGGCCCCUCAGCCAUCCCGGCCGCCAUCUCCAAAGCCCAAAUUCCCCCUAGGACUUUCUGUUUCAGGCUGGGUUCAAGGAGCACUGUGUCCCCAUGUGCUUCCUCAGCUGGCGCUCCUCGGGUGGGGGCCAAGGCCACAGACCGUGGGCCCCGCGGGGAGGGGGGUGCGGCCCAUUCUUCUCACGCCCUCCCCUGCCCCCGCGGCGCCCCCGGCCCGCACCCCUGCCUGCACCUCUCCCUGGCGCGAGCUCACCUGUCCUUCAUCCCGGUGCCAGCCUGGGAUGCAAAUAUCUCACUCGGGCAGAGACCCGCCUGUCUAAGGGGUUGUCAUCUACAGCCCAAGUCCUGGGCUGGACGUGAAGUGGGAGGGGGGGAAGGAGGUGCCCGCGCCUCCGGGUGGGAAGGUAAACAGGAUUCCCGGCCUGGGCGUUCGGGAAUCAUCAGCCACUGGGCCUGGCCCCUCCCGCAGGUGAGCCCCUCCCCAGGGCCUGGGCUCCCCACGGCCUCAGGUGGGAAGAAGAACCCAGAGUCCUUAAGCAGAGAGAAGACCUCGCGGGCGGGCGUGGGCUCGGACAUGCCUCAUCUUCAGUGGAUCCCAGCCCUUCAUUCUGUGCCUCACUUUGUCAAGUCUCCUCCUGCCCCAAACUACUGCAGGUGAAUGCCUGGGAAGUUUAACAUUCUCGGGAAACCGCACAGCUGUGCUCCCUGAAGUCACUCGUGCCCCCCUGCAUUCUCCCUGCCUUGCUCUGCAGG